AUGAGUAGUAGUGAUAAAAAUGAAACGGUUUUAGAAAAAGAUUUAACAGAUGUUGUCGAAUCGUCGUCAAAGGAAAAUCAAAAAAUACAAGAAUCGAAUAGUGGUGUUGAUGAUAAUGAUAACAACAACACAUCUACACAUUCAGUUAUUCCUAAAAUAUCAUUAAGGAAACCACAAGAUGAAGACAAACAAACUUUACGGAAAAAAGGUGGUCAUUUGGUGUCCUCUAUACACACAAAUGAAUCAGGAUCUGAUAAUAAUACACAUGACGAUAAUAACAUGUCAUUUAUUACAGCAGAUGGAUCAUCAUCACCCUCACAAUUAUCAGAAGGUAGUGGUAGUAUAGUGUCGUAUCCUAAUAGUGAAAAUAUAGAUUCAUUGGUGGUUACGCCUGAAAUUUCAUAUCAGGAUGAACAUGAGCGUGAAGUUCUCGUUAUGCCAGCUCCUGGCGAAACUCUUGAUCAAAUUCUAGCGCCAUUGAAUAUUCCUGAAUUAGAAAUUGGAAGAAGGGAAAGAGUGAGAAGAAGAAGAAAUGAUGACGGUGACGAAAGUGAUGAUGACGAAAGUGAUGAGAUAACAGAAUCUAUUCCACCAACUUAUACUAUUGCUACAAAUAUUACUAUCAAUCAGAAAGCUUCUAGUGAUGAAGUUAAACCAUUAUCAUCAUCGCAAAGUUACUCUCAAGCACUUAACUUUCAAAACCAAGCUGAUAAUAACAACACUGGAGAAAUGAUUUUAACAAUUUUCCAACACCAAAUACUUUUUCCAUUUUUACAAGGAUUUAGUUGGGGAAUAGGAGUUCACAUUUAUCGUUAUUUAAGAAACGGAUUUACACUUAGAAAUAUGUGGAGGUCAAUUUUUAGUAGUGGUAAUAGUGUUAGAACUGAAUCUAAUGGGUAA